AUGCACGUUGGUCCAACCGCGGCUGGACCAGCGCGCAAAAUGCCAGAUGGUGGCAGCAAGGGCUUCGUCAAGGAAGGCCGAGAGGAUACCAUCUUCGUUGGCGGUUUGCGCAAGAGCACCACAGAGGACAAGGUUGCGGGGCACUUCGCAAAAUUCGGCCAGGUGUCCAAUGUGGAGAUCAAGAAGCAGCCCGAUGGAACUUCUCGCGGCUUUGCCUUCGUGACGUUUGCCGAGAAGGCCUCCGUUGCGAAAGUACUAGAAGCCCACUCCAGCCACAUGAUUGACAACAAAUGGGUGGAUGUGAAGCCCCAAGUAGCUGCCGUCCCAAAGAACCCACGUGACAAUGUGGCUGCGAAGAAAGAGAAAGAAGAGGCCAAAGACACGCAUGACGACUACGAGUCGGGCUUUGCGGAGAAGUAUUUGCAGGCAGCAGCAGCCAUGCAACAAGGAUCUGGUGCCAGUGCUUUUGCUGAAGUACAGGAAAGUUCAGCCACGAAAGCAAGCUCGAAGAUGCUCGAAGCAGGAUUGAAAAGGAUGGAGGGAUACAGCACUCGGGGGAUUUUGGUAGCCCAGUCCCGGAUUCAGGCUGCUGAUUGCUGCUGA